AUGGUGGAGGGCAGGCGCCGGGUCUUGGCCAUCUCAGAUGGGAUCGAGCACAUUGGGAACCUCCGCUGGGAGCUGGCCUUGUGUCUCCUGGCAGCCUGGACCAUCUGCUACUUCUGCAUCUGGAAGGGGACCAAGUCCACAGGAAAGGUUGUGUACGUCACUGCAACAUUUCCGUAUGUCAUGCUUCUGAUCCUCCUGAUCCGAGGGGUCACGUUGCCCGGGGCCUCUGAAGGCAUCAAGUUCUACUUGUACCCCGACCUCUCCCGGCUCUCCGACCCACAG